GUGAUAGUAAAAUUGGAAAUUGUUGUGAAAAUUUUAUUUUAUUUUAAUAAGUUUGUUAAUGGUGCAACAUAGUAAUAAUAAAGUCAUGGUGCAGAACACGCAUCAGUCAGUUGUGCAUGAAAACUCAUCGACAAAAACUCCGUUGUCGAUUGUGAAGUUUCUUGAAUUGUGUCUAGCAGCUUGCUGUACAUAUUUCCACUUUUACUCCUUCAGCGAUGAUGACCUAGUUACAGAAUUCAUAGCGACAGGAACAUUUUGUGGAUAUUGCAUAAUAUUAUUGGCUGUAAUGGCAGGAUAUUUGAUGAAAGCAACGAUAAACAAGAGAAUAAUGUUGUUCUACAGUUUAUUGGGUACGGCACUCUUCCUCACAUCAGGUGUGUUCAUCAUACAGUCAUGGGAGCGAGCGUUUCGUACACGAACGAGAGACUUGGCUAUGACAAAGGGCGUCGUUUCCAUCAUUAACGGUGUUAUUUUUCUUAUGGAUACAAUUUUUACAUUCCGACAAAAGAAAUAGCCAUUAAUGUAUGAGUUUCAGGACGAUAUGGAUGCGUCACCAUCACCAUGCUACUUUUUCGCAUUUAAAAUUACAUAUCUUGAGACUCAUAAGAAUAAGAAGGAAGUUGAGACGCCACGGAAUCAUGUAUACGAUAAAUGAAAAUACAUACAAGCAAGUGGCCUUCAUUUGUCGUCUUCAUUGAUUAUGCUCUCAUGCACAACUCUCUUAUUAUUAUUUAUCCUAUACUUAUUUACUUACUCGAUACAUUUUUUUUUGUUUUAUUUUUAUGUUGUGUGUAGCAUAAAUUUAAAGACUCUUUUCUUUUUCUUUCUCCCCUUUAUUUAUGUUCUUUAAACUUUGUUUCAUAAGCAAAUUCAUU